AUGCCGGUCCAACCCCCCAACGACGACGCCUACCCGUCAACCAAGCCCAACCCGAUGCGCAACCUGUCCGAGUACGCCGUGGCCGACACGCCGGGCACCUGCACCCCGGGUCCCCAGCGGGCCGACUAUUUCCGGCACGACUCGCUGCACUGCGAGACGGCGCCUGCUCCUCUCGCCGCUCCCGCUACCACCUUCGGCCCGGACACCACCCAGACUUCUUCAAAAGAGGGAGGAAAAGAAGGUGGUGUGCCCUCGGCGCUGGGGCACGGUGUGGUGGGCGGGUCCGGGCCGACGAAUGAGAGGGAGAGGAAGGAGACGAGGUAUGUGGAUGUUGAUGUUGAGGGAGGAGAUCAGACGAGGAGGGGGGCGAUGGAAGAGCAGAAUGAUGGUGUCGAUGCCGACGGGAAGACGGCGGUUUAUUCGGAGGGGCAGGUGGCGGAUGCCGUGGAACGGGGGGAGAUUACGCUGGACGCAAGCGAGGCUGAUUUGGAGAGGAAGAAGCAGCAGCAGGCCGCGGCCAGGAAGCAGGUCAUGGAUGCGCGGAAGAGGGGGGAGGAUGUGGAUGGACGCGGGACGAGCAUGACCUCGAGGAGAUACCCCAGCGCUAACAUUGAGGAUGCCUAA